AUGGGGUUACCAAAGAUUUCAAGAAGAACGAGGUACAUUAUUGUCAUUGUGCUGAUACUGUACUUAUUGUUUUCUGUGCAAUGGAAUACUGCGAAAGUGAAUCACCAUUUCUAUAACAGCAUUGGCACGGUGCUUCCCAGUACAGCUCGCGUGGAUCACUUGAACUUGAAAAACUUGGACUUAGCAGGUACGAGCAAUAACGGUGAUCAUUUGAUGGAUCUACGAGUUCAAUUGGCUAGUCAAUUCCCCUACGAUUCUCGAGUACCCAUCCCCAAAAAGGUAUGGCAGACCUGGAAGAUUGAUCCCAGUUCAAAGUCACAGGUUUCUUCCAUUUCAAAAUGCCAGAAUGAUUGGAAACAUUUCAGUGCAUCCGAGGAACCGCCAUAUCAAUACCAAUUAAUCACAGAUGAUCAAAUGAUACCACUUCUAGAGCAGCUAUAUGGUGGGGUCCCACAAGUGAUAAAGGCUUUUGAAUCCUUGCCACUUCCAAUUCUUAAAGCAGACUUUUUCAGAUACUUGAUCCUUUAUGCAAGAGGUGGUAUAUAUUCUGACAUGGAUACGUUCCCAUUAAAGCCAUUGUCGUCAUGGCCAUCGACUUCUCAGUCCUACUUUUCUAGUUUAAAGAAUCCACAAAGGUAUAGAAAUUCCUUGGACAACCUUGAAACGCUAGAAGCUUCAGAACCUGGCUUUGUCAUUGGUAUCGAGGCUGAUCCGGAUAGAAGCGAUUGGGCAGAGUGGUACGCCAGGAGAAUACAAUUCUGUCAGUGGACAAUACAAUCAAAAUCUGGCCAUCCAUUAUUGCGCGAAUUGAUCACAAAUAUCACCGCAACAACAUUGGAGAGCGUGGCAAAUGUUAAAAGCAGCAUUCCUUUAGAUGAUGCUGAAGUAUUAAAAGACAUUGCAGAUGAUUAUAAUGUCAACAUGAGGGAUAAAAAGAAGUUCAACAAAAAUUACAAACAUCAACAAAAGAAAACCGCCAAAAAUACAGAUGGUACCGAUAUUAUGAACUGGACUGGUCCAGGUAUUUUUUCAGAUGUUAUUUUCCAGUAUCUUAAUAACGUUAUCCAGAAGAAUGAUGACAUUUUAAUUUUCAAUGAUAAUCUUAAUGUUAUCAACAAACAUGGAUCCAAACAUGAUACAACUAUGAGAUUCUAUAAAGACAUUGUUAAAAAUUUACAAAACGACAAACCCUCAUUGUUCUGGGGAUUCUUUUCAUUGAUGACAGAGCCUAUUCUAGUGGACGACAUCAUGGUACUUCCGAUUACUUCUUUCUCACCAGGUAUCAGAACAAUGGGCGCUAAAGAAGACAACGACGAGAUGGCAUUUGUUAAGCAUAUUUUUGAAGGAAGUUGGAAAGACUGA